GGGUGCUCUUUCGAGUGAAGAACCUUGUCAACACAGGCUCUGAGUAUCUGCUAUAGAGUGUGCCCCGCAUCAUCUCAGCACUGCUCUCGCACUCCAAAAUACUUUCCAUCAGAGCAGUGGCAAAUAUUGUGUAAAUACGGCGUUUUCUGAACACUGUUUUCUGAACAUUACCUUCUUGGUAAUGCUGUUUUCUUAAUGUUACAGGUAAUCUUAUCUGGAAUCAUAGGGCUAACAACAUGGAAGAGACCAAUGAUAUUAUUGGUUAACCUGUUUGUUCUGCUGUCUGUCAUCUGUGUGCUGCUGAACCUGGCUGGAUUUAUACUGGGAUGUCAGGGUGCUCAGUUUGUGUCCAGUCUACCGAGAUGUGAUCUGGUGGUUGUGGGUGAAACCAAGAUUUGUUUCUGCUGUGAAGAAUUUAAUCCUGCUAAAUGCACAGAAAAAGAGAAUGUGCUGAAGCUGUACCCAGUGAAGUCAUGCGGUGCUGUUCACGUCCUUCUCAAGAAAGUUAUCUUUGCUCUUUGUGCCCUGAAUGCUCUCACCACCACAGUUUGCUUGAUAGCAGCUGCCCUGCGUUACUUACAGAUAUUUGCAACAAGAAGAUCCUGCAUAGAUGAAUCUCAGAUUUCUACAGAAGAAAUUGAAGAACAAGGUCGCAUUUCAGACCCUGAAGAUUUUGUCCCACCUGUGCCACCUCCAUCAUAUUUUGCAACAUUUUAUUCAUUUACUCCACGAAUGAGUCGCAGGGUGCUGGGCUCUGAUGUGAUUCCACUGCCUCACAUUUAUGGAGCAAGGAUUAAAGGCAUUGAAGUGUUCUGCCCCCUGGAUCCACCUCCUCCUUACGAAGCUGUGGUGAACCAGAUUGAAUCUGAGCAGGAAAGUGGACUGCAAGAGGCAGGUGAGGAAUUUGUUGCUGAUUCAGCAGAAACCAGUGGCAGGCAGGCCUCUCAAGGUGAAGAAGUUCCCGAGUCUCCCAGCAGAACGAGCCUUCCACCUUCAGCUGCCAGCCCCACGCCUGCGGAAGUUCACAGGAAAGCCUUCAGUCCCUUACAGAAACGGUCUAGAAGUGACCCUGUGCUACACUGCCAGUUGCCACAAGGCCCAGUGCUCAGCUGUGAGGCUGCGACUCAGACUGAAAUAAAACCACAACUCAACACUGUUACAUUGCGGAAUAGUUUGAGAGCAAGACCUUUGAAGUCAAGACCCCGAUCUUUGGUAGACUACAAGUCCUACAUAGACACCAAGCUGCUUGUGGCACGGUUUCUGGAGCAAUCUUCUUGCAGCAUGACCCCUGACAUACAUGAGUUGGUGGAAAAUAUCAAAUGUGUUUUAAAAUCAGAUGAGGAACAUAUGGCAGAAGCUAUCACCAGUGCUACCUUCCUUGAGCAGGUUAUGGCACCUGCCCAGCAAGAUGUGGGGCUGAGGGCCCAUGUGCUGCCUUUCAGACGGCAUCCUGGAUUGCUGCACCUGGAGAGCUGUGGUGAUCUGAGCACUUUCACAACAGGUGAAGACCAGCUAGCAGAGAGGAGGACCCAGAGAACAGAACAUGAGCGGCCUCACAGUCUUAUUGGAGUUGUCAGGGAAACUGUGCUUUGAGUUGGUUUCUGUUCUUCAGUAGAGCAUUUCUGUCAGGCACGCAUGUGGCACAGGAAAAUCGUCUCUGACAAGUAGUGGACAAGUGUGUUGCUAAUCCAUUUUUACAUCCUCAUAUUCAAGACUCCCAGUGGGAAACUCAUUCUAUAAACCCUCUUAAGUACUCUGCAAGCAGUCCUUCCAAUUAGGCUGUUUAGUUGCAACUAGUGUCUUUGUGAUUGAUACACUGCUGUUCUAUUGCACCUCUGUAGGCUACUGCCACUUAGAACAGUUGUUUUGUUUUUGCUCUAUUUACAAGAGUUACAGAAGAAGGGCCCUGCCUUGGUUCUUCUGUGCUCAGGCAAGCACAGUUAAUUCAUGUGUGCACUUUAUAUCUUGUGGAAGAACAUGGCCAGAGUUGAAGCCUGUUUAUGUGGUGUAUACUACUGUAGUUCUAUGGACUUUUAGCUGGCUUGUACCACUUUAACAUAAAAAAACACCUCUGCUAGUACCAACUGCCAUCCAUGCUGGAAGCAUUUAUACAGCCAUCUCAGAUUUUCUGCAGAUGUGCAGGGGAUUACUUGCUUAAUAUUAUUUUGCCAACCCUAACCACUAGGCCAUAGUGACCUAUGAAUUUAGUCUCUAGUUAGUAGACAGAUACAUAUAAGCAAUUUGGCUCAAGCUGUUGGCUGCACGUAGUUUGUAAAGCUCUGUUCUGUAUGCUGCUAACUGGGAAUACGCUGUGUAUUUCCCUAGGCUGGGAUCAGGCACAUAGUUCUGAUAGGCAAGGCUAGUUGCAGCCUUCUGUGUCUCGGUAGGAUGAUUCCUGCUGCUAUUUUAAUGAUAAAGCUUCAUUUAACAAUUACUAAACAGCUUUCUUACUGAAAACUUAAAGGCUUUACUAUGAGUUCUAGGUAGGCUCUUUCAGAAGGGGAAACUGUAGUUUCAACUAUGAAAGACAAGUAAAAUAAAAUGGUCAUCUCUGCACUUGACUUGUUGUUUUAUUUUGGCCUGGUAGAGGAAAUGCACUGUCAUAUUGGUACAUUUUGUUCUCAGAAUUAAGAGCAGAACAAGUAAAAGUUGAGUCUUGUGGAAGAAAGAAAACAUCACAAGAACGUAUUAGUAUUUAUCUCAGAUGUUGUAUGUAUUUUGCAUUACAUAUAAAACUCCUUUUUUUCUUGAGAAGUGCAUCAAUUGAAUUGCUUCUGUGAAAGCAUGAGAGUUAGCCUAAGCCGUUGCUACGUUGUUUGGCUGAGCUGGAAUACAGACAUAUAAAAUGAACACCGGGUUUCAAUACUACAAAUGUCUGGAAUGCUGAGGAGUGAAGA